AAAGCAACGAAAUUUUGAGCAACGCAAUAGUGUUUCCGUAACGUCAAAAACGUGUCUCUAUUCGCAAUACGAGUGGCUCUAUUUCUAAAUCUGCUUCUGAAAAGUCGGGAUGUUACAGGCUAGUCGCUCGUAUGUGUGCUGGCAAUGCGCCGCACGCAGAGUUACUUCGAAUGGGACUUUGAGCAGUCCGGAGCGUUUAGCCACAGUCCAAAAUUCAAGCUCACUCUGUAAGGGGUUUUUGAGAUCGAGCAGAGCAUAUGCAACAGUUCAGCAUUCUUCGGGGAAACAUGGCAAAAAUGGUCAAUCCAAUGCAGCAAUAUCGAAAGUUCUGGAUCAGAAUCUUCCUAUUAGGCAGCGCCUAAGGCUUUGGGAAAAGGAGAAUCCCACCGAGGCGCAAGCAAUGUUGACAGACUUUGCUGAGACUGGAGAGUUGUCGAACAGUUUUACCCGCCCGCAAAACGUCACCAUGGCGCAGUUUGAUAUCAAUUCACCCUUGUUCGAUGGAGACGAGCUUAGCGACUUGCGUUCAGAUAACACGACCUUAAAAGCUGGUGAUCUGGUCGAGAUGAGCUCCGAGGGCUCACGUCGGCCUGUGCUUGCUAUCUGCUUAGGACGCUUCAAUGGAUAUGAACACUAUUACACAAGCAGUGGUAAAUGGUUUAUUGCUUUGGGCAUACAGCCUCUCUUUGUUGUCAACAACUUUGCGCAGCCAGCUGAGCUCGAGUCCAUCAUCCGGGAGAUUCCAUUGGGCGAGAUUUCUCCGGAAACAGUAAAUGCGCUCCAGGAUUUGGGUCAUGAUCCCUCGAGAACGGCAGGCGCACCAUUGUUGAAAAAGAUGAUUGCAUUCGGCCACGAAGCCGAGUCUGUCUACCAAGCCAAUGCUGGUAAACUGGAUGCGUCAAGUUCGUUCAUCGGUGACCAGACCAAGCAUCGAUACCUAACACUCCAUGAAAUUGCUGAUAUUCUUUUACCCUUCUCCAUCAAAAAAGAAGGCAAGAUUCCUGCAACGGCUCUUUAUGCCGUUCACAGGGCUGUAUUGCAAGAUGAUGUUUUCUUUAGACCACUGAAACAAACCGGCCACCGAAGGUCAUACCUAUUCGAGAUUAGCCCUGUAGCUGAGGUACGAAUCGUGCAAAAAAUAGAGUCAAUCGUACGCGAUUACCUGGGUCGUUCUGGGCCUGAGAAUAAAAGCGCGAAGGGCAACUCUACGCUGUUGAGCUUCAUUGAUACCGCUCGCAAAGCUAUUGAUGAUAGUCGGAGUGUCCGAAAACCUUCUGCACAUGGAAUCCUCAGCCCUUCACCAUUACCAACCCCCGAGCGGCCUCAGUGGUCUGCACUAGACAAAGAGAUACUGCAAUUCAUAGAACUAUGGUCGAGUUAUCAGAAGUUCACAAGCUCUUCUAGCAUUCAGACUAUGGGGUCCAUGCUCAUGCGCGCGCUUGAUCGAUACCCAGACGUCAAGCUUGACUCCAGCAUGGGCUGGGUGUUCCUACAAGAAGUCGGCUGGAUCACCCCCUGGGAUAUCCAAUCUCGUUACAGUACCCGCUUCCCGGAUGUAGAGAUCAAGAGGAGUGGCGGAUUCUCUCGUACUUUCCAAGGAGAUAUGGACAAGCAACUGAGACCUGAUAUCUUCAGCAACGACAGAAAAGUGUGGAAGAACGGCACUAUAUAUGCUAUCGACGCGGAGACCACCGUAGAUAUUGACGACGCUGUGUCUGUGGAGCGGACCUCGAUUCCGGAUGAGAGCUGGAUUCAUGUUCAUAUUGCAGAUCCUGCUUCCUGCAUCUCUGCUGAUACAGGAAUUGCCAAGUACGCGGAAAUGGUGCCCGAAACGAUAUAUCUGCAGGGCCACUAUUCCCGAAUGCUGCCAAACAACAUCAGCGUUGAUCGGUUUUCUUUGGCACCAGGCCGACCAUGCCUGACGUUUAGUUCACUUGUUAACAGCCAUGGCGCUGUGCUUGAGCACAAGAUUACCCCGGGAACUCUGGGAGACGUCGUCUACAUGACCGGCGAGGAUGUCAAUGAUGUACUUGGCGAAACAAGAGAGGAUCCUACAGCCACUGACCAGGAGUUUUCAGUAGGCGCAAAGGCUGUGGCUGGAUCUCCAAACCGCAGGUUCACACGCCCCUCCGACGUCACUCAACAUCAGAAAGAUGAGCUAACGCUACUAUCUCGUCUCGGAAAAGCACUUCAUCGUGACCGUCUAAGGAAAGGCGCGAUACCUUUCUUCCAAGCUCGUCCAUCCCCGAAAGUAUCGCUAGACGGAGUGGAGCAGGAAGAGAACGAGGACGGCUUUAUGACCGUUCGCGGUGAUCCGUCGAUCCAGAUUAGUUUCUCGCGACGAACCGGUACAGAUAUCGUUGAGCACACUAUGCGUCUUGCUGGUGAAGUGGCUGCUCGUUGGUGCCAUGAUCGUGGGAUACCCAUCCCUUACCGCACUCAGCCAUACGCUACCCAGAAUGCGACCCUCAUUCAGCAGUACACGCGCGAUGUCUUGGUCCCCAUCAUCGAGUCUGGCGGUCGUCCAGACGACAACCACUGGCGACACCUCCGAGCCCUCCUUGGUGGCGAUGAACUGACGACCACAGCUGGACCUCACUUCAUGAUGGGAGUUGAUAUGUACACAAAGGCUACCUCACCUCUACGCCGCUUUGGAGAUCUUAUCGUUCACUGGCAGAUUGAGGCUGCUCUUCUCAAGGAGAAGGAGCUUGGCGAAUCUCUCAUCGGUAACAAAGACGAUACAUUCCUGCCCUUCACGCGCGAGCGUCUCGACCGCAUGUUCCCUCUGCUCCGACUUCGCGAACGUCAGGCGCGUCUCCUCGGCAACGGCAGUGGUGCCGACCAGUGGAUUCUCCAAGCGUUGGUCCGGGCCUGGAAAUUCGGCGAGGCAAAGCUUCCGGACACUUUCAAGUUCACCGUUGCUCAUGUUGCCGGCAGGAAGAGCGUGAUGGGUCAGCUGGACUGGUUUGAUCGCACGGCAUUCCUGAGGUCUGACGCUUUGAACGAACUCGCGAAAAUGUCAGAAGUCAAUGUAGACGACGUCUUUGAGGUUAAGCUGAGAGAUGUCAACGUGCAUUCCAACCUCAUAUUGGUCGAAGCUGUCAAGUUACUUAAAAGGGGUAACGUGCCGGCCACGUCUGUAGAGGGUGAGGUGCUCGUUCCUAAGGUCACGACCACGGCUACUGUGUAGGUAUCAUACGCGGGGGAGUAUUUGUAUGAUAAUUGUUAUGAUGUUUAAUGCCUAGCGCUUCAGGAAUUAAAUAACGGAUGUAUAAUAGUGUAUGUCAACAGAGGAUAGAAUUUGCAACAAGAUGCAUGUACAUUUACACUUGAUGAACC